ACGGCACCUGCCUUACCACCAAACUCCGGGAGGACCUCCGCCUCUCCUCCUCCUCCUCCACAGCCUACUCAUUGCACUAUUGUCCCAUUGCCCUAAAGUACAGUAGUUCCACCUCUCUCCUCCAUCUCCAUGCCCUUUCUCCGACUGCUCCACCACUCCACUCAUCGUGCCCACAUUUGAUACCCUAAUUCUCCACUUCCCCCAAAUGACCUCUCCGACCCCAAAAAGAAACGACUGAUCGUGGGACCACUAAUUGCACCCGAUAUUUUCCGCCGAAAUUUUCUGCUACAAAUUAAAAGAGAUCCUCCUGUCCUUUUGGACUUGGCCUCCGUCUUCCCGAACCCGUUCAAUCCGUCAAUUAGAUUUGGAGAAAAUGGCAGACGACCGUUCAUCAAAGGACCUGGAAACAGGCGAGGGCUACUCCAGAAAAUUGGAACAACAACCCAGUGCUGAUGGUGCCCAAACUCAGAACCUCGAGACUGCCCAACAUGGCGAGAAGGGUGUCGAGGUUCUCAAUUGGGACGGGCCAAACGAUCCUGACAACCCCUUCAAUUGGUCCCGGAAGUACAAAUGGCUACUUACGAUAACUACUUGCUUCAUUUCGAUCCUGACUGGUUUGCCAGCAGGCUCCUAUGGUGCAGGUGAUGCGGGUAUGGAGGCGAAGUUUCACAUCAGCCAACAGCAUUUCCCGUGGUUGUUUUGGGCAACGACCUCAUGGAAUAUUGGAGCUGCGACUUUCCCCUUACUAUUUGUUCCGUUGACGGAGAAUUCUGGACGAAUGCCUGGCUACUUUAUCUCUUACAUUGUCUUCCUCAUCUUCUUGUUUCCGUCGGCGUUUGCGCAGAACUUUGCCACCAUGAUCGUCACACGUCUGAUUGGCGGUGGAGCUUCGUCUGUCUCGAUUAACAUUGUCGGUGGCACAAUUAGCGACAUCUGGAAAGGACCAAAAGAGCGAAGUAUUCCCAUGUCAAUUUUCGGUAUGACCUCGGUCAUAGGUAUCGCUUUGGGUCCUUUUAUCGGUGGUGCUAUCCAGCGAAACCUUGACUGGCGAUGGAUCUACUAUAUUCAGAUCAUCUUCGACGGUGGCUGUCUCCCAAUCUUCUGGUUCAUUCUCAAGGAAACCCGUGGCGACGUGAUUCUUGCUCGAAAAGCCAAGAAGCUCCGCAAGUCCACUGGCCGGAACAUUUAUGCCAAGGCUGAACUGACCCGGGACAGCAUCCCCAAGAUGCUUAAGAUCUCUUUUACUCGUCCAACCAAGAUGCUUUUCACCGAGUGGGUCGUAUUCUCCUUCACAAUCUGGGUCUCCUUCGCUUGGGGUAUUCUUUUCCUCUUUUCCCAGAGUAUCAGCCAAACGUUUUCCACCAAUUACGGUUUCUCUGUCUUCCAGACCAGCAUGAUCCAGCUCGCUAUCUCCUUUGGUGCUAUUGUUGGCACCAUCAUAAACCCUCUCCAAGAUCGCCUCUACCUAUCUUCAGCCAGGAGGAACAAGGAGACCCCUGGCAGGCCAAUUCCAGAGGCACGUCUCUACUUUUCCGUUCCGGGUAGCUUAUUGUUCACGGCAGGCCUGUUCUGGUACGGUUGGUCUAGCUAUCCCCACGUCCCAUGGCCUGUCCCCGCCCUGGGAAUUGGCUGUGUUGGCCUGGGAAUUUACUCAAUCUACCUGGCUGUCGUCAACUACCUUGCGGAUGCGUAUGAAAAGUACGCUGCCUCUGCCCUGUCCGCGGCCAGUUUGGGCAGAAACACGUUUGGUGCCUUCUUGCCCCUAGCAUCCCCCGCUCUUUAUACCAAUGUGGGCUUCCAGUGGGGCUCGUCUCUCCUUGGGUUUAUUGGCCUUGUUCUCUCUCUUGCUCCAGUCCUUCUCUUUUUCAAGGGUGAGGAGAUCAGACAACGUAGCCCGUUCAUGUCUGAGGCCACCUUCGACGAGGCAGAGGGCCUAUCACGACGGAGCUCUCUCCGACAUCCUCCAAAAGAGCUCCGUCAAGACCACACCGUGGGUGGGGCAGUGCCUAACGCACCGCAGAUUUGAAUCGCACGAAUGUAACGAGGAAAAUUCUUGAGCUCAUCGGAAAAUCAAAAAAAGGAGCCAAGAAAGGGUUUCCCUCCCCUCUUCUCUAUAAAUAUGAGAAUCUAGGACUUUCUUAUACGCUCUCAGAUUCAUUUGGAUGCAUUAUGUUUUGGCGCUCACGGAGAGAGUCCUAUUUUGUUUUACAUGUAUUUGUACCAUCCCAAUUUCUUGAUAGGGUGUCUUGUAGUUUUUCUUUUGGAAUACUGAAUACUAUAUGAGGAC